AUGCUUCGAAAGAUUACCUACGGAAGCCUGCAAAACAUCGUCCGAGCUCAGGAAUUGGAACGCAAAGGCGCUAUCGAAGUAAACGAUCUUCUUGGAGACAGUGAUUCGUUGAAUCAAGACCAAUUGCGAAAUCGAGCAAGUAGUACACCUCGUGAAGUUUUUCCACCAGCCAUUCCUCGUUCUGCGACAAUUUCAGCUGGGUCCACCGCAAUCAUAUCUAAGUCUCGACUCUUAGGUAGAAAAGAGUCCUCCGAUAAAACCCAUACCCAAAUCCCCUCAGAGUCCACACCUGCUCUUCAACGAUUCUUCUCCCUCAAGAGUCUUUCAGAGAGUCUACCCAUGCUCAUCUCUAGACCCUCCUCAGGGCUUGCUCGUCGAUCGAUUGAUGCGAACAGAGAUGUGGGCAAUGGAGACGUGGUGCCACUUCCUCCACCUCAACCUCGCAGGGCUAUUACUCGUAUUGACCCAAAGAUGCUGGACGAACUAAUCACUUGGAAGAACAUGGAAAUUGCCACGGUACAGAAUAUUCUCAAAGCGAAUUUGCAGAAAGCGAAGGAUUCUGUGAUUUGUAAGAAAUCGAGGAAGGCCUAUCGAGAUAGUGCACAGGAGAAUCAAAAAACGCUAUUAAGACUUUAUCGUGAGAACGAGGAGCUAAAGGAAGCUCGCCAGUCGGCACUGGCAUCACGAUCACAAUCAGUUGGACGUUUUGAGAAAUCCACCACCCAUCCACAAGCACCACCUACUCUCUGUUGUACAUCUCCUUCUCCAUUAACACCACCAUCAGAAGUGUUCCCAAAUCAUCUCCAUAACCACCCCCAAAAGCGCUCACUAAGCAUAGGUGAAGAUGCCAUCAGUGAUACCUCAAGUUUCCAUGCCGAUGAACAAUCAACAGAUUCUUCCAACUCCAAUGCCAAACACACCAGUCACUCAGCUCUCGCCAUAUCCUGUCAAUCCUCUGGUUUGGAUAGGACAUAUAACACCGUUUCUUCAUUGAGAAAAGAUAUAUUCCCAGAUAAUCAAUCCCAAAAUUCUCCAUCAUCUUCAAUUGACUAUGUACAAUCUCUCUUUCCCUAUCAAAUUAAAGAGCAAGGAAUGCGAUCUUACGGUCGGCCAAAUUACUCAAGACACGGGAGUGUCUCUUUCGAGAAAGGCAAUCAUCCAGAAAAACUCUGUCAACUUCCACGAUUUUUUCCUGUUCAAGAUUCCCAUUCAAACUUUGCAUACGUCUAUACUGGUUGCCAUUCAUCUCAGUUCUUCCAGUCCAAUAGACCAGUACAGUAUGCGAAUUCAUCAACACAGAAUUACCCCUCCCAAUCUCCGGCUUAUACCUCACAGACGCAUUUUAAUUUCAAGUCCAACAAUUUUCCCCGAGGUGUACGAAUAAUCUCCGAACUGGAACAAUUCACUAGUCCCCCCAAAGCUCAACAAUUGACCUUGUCGGAAAUGACUGCGACCCCAACUGGUUCCAGGCCACGAUUCACCUUGGCGGACAAAUUGAAUAUGUGCACAAUGGCUCCCACAACCAAUUCCAAUUCUUUCUAUUGA